AUGGAGCUAUUUCCCCUAUUACGUGAACAAAUGCGCACCACAGAAUCGCCUCUUGGUGGAAGGCUUUUCGAAUACCGACGAACUCAAGUAUCAUGUGAUGCCAAUACCCGGUUGUCGCUUGGAAUAGGAAAGGAUGUGGAAGCUGAAAAGUCAAUGAAAACGGCUAUGCCAAAUUGUGAGUUCUGGGGUGCUGAUCCGGUCAACGACACAAAUGCUGAUAUCUUUCCAGAGGUCGGCAAGUUUUACAAUAUUGCUGUUGGAGCUGAGAACGGCACCUUCAGAUCCUAUGUCUUGGAGGGUGAGUUCACUGGCUAA